AUGGCUGGCCAGGAGCGCUUCAGAACCAUCACCUCCAGUUACUACAGAGGAGCUCAUGGUAUCAUUGUGGUGUAUGACGUCACAGACCAGGAGAUCGAGCGUUACGCCAGUGAGAGCGUCAACAAACUGUUGGUGGGAAACAAGGCAGACCUGACCACCAAGAAGGUGGUGGAUACAUACAGCAAGGUACCACAUGGGACUACAGGGACACAGGGACCACAGGGACCACAGGCAGACCUGACCACCAAGAAGGUGGUGGAUACACUACAGCCAAGGUACACAGGGGACUACAGGGACACAGGGACCACAGGGGACUCCAGGGAACCACAGGCAGACCUGAUCACCAAGAAGGUGGUGGACUACACUACAGCCAAGGGAGCGACUCUGGAGCUGAUGGAUCAGGAGCAGGUUCUGCUGAAGCUGAAGAAGGAUGUGCGCUCGCUGCUGCUGUCCUCCAAAGUGGGACUGGACCCGGAGCAGCUGAGGAGGGACUACAUCUCCAUGCUGGGUCACCCCAUGCCCCUGAGGCAGCUGGGCUUCCGGAACAUCCUGGACAUGGUCAAAGAGAUGCCCGACGCCGUGACCAUCCUCUUCAGGCCGGACGGAGCCGUGUUUCUGCGCGCGACGAGUGACGAGACGACCAGGAACAUCGAGGAGCUGGUGUCCCGACAGCGCAUCUCUGUGGCCGACAAGAAGCGUCUCCAGAGGAGGCCCAGCAUCUUCUCCCCUCGAUACAACCACCACCAGAGCUACAGCUGCGGCCCCAGUGCGCUGGUGCUGCCGCGCAGAGGCCGCGCGCCGCCUGCUCUGCCGUCGCAGCUGCGCGCUCAGCUGCGCUCGCUGCUUUCACAGGGCCCUCUGCAGCUCUCUAAGCUGGAGAGCUCCUUCCUGCGCUGCUACGGUCACCCGCUGCGGGUCCAGACCAUGGGCUUCUACUCCACGGCAGAGAUGCUGGAGGCGGCGUCGGACCUGGUGGUUCUGAGCCAGAGCAGGACAGGCUCCGUGCUCUCGCUGCGGGAACAGAUGCUGCCGAGACCCAUGUGCACCGCGACCCGGGCCCCGACCAGUCCAAGGACCGAGGGCCAGUUCAGACCUCAGCCAAACCAGCAACCUCCCACGGUCACGGUGUCCAGGACAAAGUGUCCAGAGCGCCCCCCUGUGGAGCUGGUCCAGACGCACAGUGAGGACUCCACCAGAUCCAUGCCUGAGCUCAUGGAGAACACAGAGGACAGGUGGGAGGACCAGCAGAAGGACCAGCAGGAGGACCAGCAGAAGGACCAGCAGGAGGGCCGGGCCUUCAUUGGCCGCAUGCUCCAGCUCGAGGAGGAAUUUCUUCAGCAAAUCCAACACAAUGGAGUCGCUGGAACCAUAAGUCCGGACCUGAAAGACCGACUGCAGAAGGUGGUGGCGCAGUGUCCUGGAGGCGUGUCCGUACACGAGGUCCCCACAAAGUACCAGACAAUGUUUGGAGAACAGCUCCCUCUGCAGGAGAGCGGCUUCGUCAGCGUCACGGAGCUGAUCGGAGCCAUGACCGACGUCUUCCACCUGCAGGACGAGCACGGGGACUGGACCGUGAGGGGGACGGAGCACAGGGACGCCCUGGACACAGGUCAGAGCACAGGGACGGAGCACAGGGACGCCAUGGACACAAGUCAGAGCACAGGGACGCCCUGGACACAGGUCAAAGCACAGGGACGCCCUGGACACAGGUCAGAGCACAGGGACGCCCUGGACACAGGUCAAAGCACAGGGACGGAGCACAGGGACGCCAUGGACACAGGUCAGAGCACAGGGAAGGAGCACAGGGACGCCCUGGACACAGGUCAGAGCACAGGGACGGAGCACAGGGACGCCAUGGACACAAGUCAGAGCACAGGGACGCCCUGGACACAGGUCAAAGCACAGGGACGCCCUGGACACAGGUCAGAGCACAGGGACGCCCUGGACACAGGUCAAAGCACAGGGACGGAGCACAGGGACGGAGCACAGGGACGGAGCACAGGGAACGGAGCACAGGGACGGAGCACAGGGAACGGAGCACAGGGACGGAGCACAGGGACGGAGCACAGGGACGCCAUGGACACAGGUCAGAGCACAGGGACGCCCUGGACAAAGGUCAGAGCACAGGGACGCCAUGGACACAGGUCAGAGCACAGGGACGCCCUGGACAAAGGUCAGAGCACAGGGACGCCAUGGACACAGGUCAGAGCACAGGGACGCCAUGGACACAGACAAAGGUCAGAGCACAGGGACGCCCUGGACAAAGGUCAGAGCACAGGGACGCCAUGGACACAGGUGAGAGCACAGGGACGCCCUGGACAAAGGUCAGAGCACAGGGACGCCAUGGACACAGGUGAGAGCACAGGGACGCCAUGGACACAGGUGAGAGCACAGGGACGCCCUAGACAAAGGUCAGAGCACAGGGACGCCCUGGACAAAGGUCAGAGCACAGGGACGCCAUGGACACAGGUGAGGGCACAGGGACGCCCUGAACACAGGUCAGAGCACAGGGACGCCCUGGACACAGAGCACAGGGACGCCAUGGACACAGGUCAGAGCCACAGGGACGCCAUGGACAAAGGUCAGAGCACAGGGACGCCAUGGACACAGGUGAGGGCACAGUAG